UAAAGUGGACUUCGUUCGAGUGAACGAGGCCAUUCAAGGUGUCCCAAAAAUAACCCUUAUAAUAGUUUGAACUAAUUCUUAAACGGGUCUCAAUGAAAGGUCAAAUUUAAGCUUGAGUAUGAGUUUUACUAGAGUCAUUUUAGGUAAAGGGAAAGCAACUAGAACCGGCUUAAAGAGCUCAGUCGGUCUCCUUUCCCCUUCUGGAAUAGCUACUAAAAGAUGUCAAAGCAGACUGUUCAGCAGUUCAAGUUCAGAGGAUGAUAAAUACAUUGAACCAAGGACAAAAGUCCCCACUUUUCAUUUUCAAGACAGCCUUCCUCGGCUACCAAUUCCAAAGUUAGAAGACACAUGUCGCAGGUAUCUGGAUGCACAGAAACCUUUGUUAACACCUGAACAAUAUGAAGACACUAAGCAACUUGUUGAAAAGUUUCAGAAACGUGAGGCUCCAGGCCUUCAUGCAGAGCUUAUACAGAAAGACAAGCGCAACAAACAUACAAGUUACAUAGCAGGUCCUUGGUAUGACAUGUAUUUAGAAGCCAGGGAUUCUGUAGUUCUAAACUACAAUCCAUUCUUGAUGUUCAAAGAUGAUCCAGUGGCUGAAAAUAAUAAUCAGGUUGUUAGGGCAACCAACAUGAUAAAGUCUGCGAUGAGGUUCAAAUUAUCAUUAGAUGAUCUUUUUCUUGAGCCUGAUAUAUUUCAUCUAAAUCCUAAAUCAAGUGACACACAGUGGUUUCGGAAUAUUAUAAGGUUUGUUCCUCGGCAGCUGUCUUGGUAUGGUGCAUUUCUUGUAAAAGCUUUUCCUCUGGACAUGAGUCAGUACAGCAGACUGUUUUGCUCCACACGGAUACCAGAGCUGAAAAAAGACAAACUGGCCACAUUUGAAACCGGACGGCAUAUUCUUGUCAUGAGAAAAGGAAACUUUUACGUGUUUGACACAAUCACAACAGAUGGUAACAUAGUCCCAACUGCCACCAUAUAUCAAAAUCUCAAAUACAUCAUUGAAGACUCCACCCCGGCCCCCAACUUCCCAGUAGCUGCUCUGACGUCAGAAAAUCGUGACAGUUGGGCGAGCAUGCGCCAUGCUUUGGAAGCCAUUCCAGGUAAUGAGGAGGUCCUCAAGUUGAUUGACAGCGCCGUGUUUGUUCUCUGUUUGGACGAUCAUGACGUUAGCAGUAUUGCGGAUGUUACGCGAACGUUUCUUCAUGGUGAUGGACGAAACAGAUGGUUCGACAAGUCAUUCCAGCUGAUAAUUUGCAACGAUGGUAAAGCAGCAGUUCAUUUUGAACAUGCUUGGGGCGAUGGAGUUGCUGUGUUGCGUUUCUUCAAUGAGGUUUAUAAAGACACUACGACUCGGCCGGCUUGCACCCCGGCCACCGCUCAAAACUUCAACGCGCAAGCGACCGCGAGAAAAUUGGACUUUAAAUUAAACCCUGAAAUUGAGAGAGGAAUCAGCGCCGCUAAAGAGAAAUUCGACAAAACUGUAAAUGGACUAGACAUUGCCGAGCUUCAGGUUCACACAUAUGGAAAAGAUUAUAUAAAGAGCAAGAAACUCAGCCCUGAUGCAAUCAUGCAGCUGGCUAUUCAGAUGGCUUUCUUUCGUCAAAACGGCAAGUUUGUUGCUACUUACGAAUCCUGCAGUACAGCAGCUUUCAGACACGGGCGAACAGAGACAAUAAGGCCAGCGUCCAACGCCACGGUAGCAUGCGCAGAAGCAUUUCAAAAAUCGCACCGAGCGGGGGUAGAGGAAAUGGUGGACAGAAUCCGUCGAGCUGCUGAUUGGCACUCAAAACUCACCAAAGAGGCUGCCAUGGGUCAAGGUUUUGACCGUCAUCUCUUCGCCUUGCGUACCUUGGCAGAGUCCACGGGUAAAGUUCCGGAUAUUUUCCAAGACCCAGCUUACAGACAAAUCAACCACAUCGUCCUCUCCACUAGUACCUUAUCUAGUCCCGCACUGAUGCUUGGCGGGUUUGGUCCCGUGGUACGGGACGGGUUUGGAGUGGGAUACGGGAUCCAAGAUGAUUGGCUGGGGUGUAACGUAACCAGCUAUCCACCGGAGAGAGAUGUGCGAGGGUUUUUGGAAUGUGUUCGACAGAGUUUAGAGGAUAUUUACAGUGUCUUAGAAGGAAAAAAUUUCAAAGAAUGA